GAUGAACCUCUUCCUUAUGCUUUUUCGGUUGAUGGUAUAGAAAUUUCAACCUCACUUCAUAAAGAUAUCAUUCAAGGACUUAAAAAAUCAACAGAAGAUGUGAUAAAGAUCGUGUACCAACCACAAGCAAUCUUUAAAGUUAGAGCGGUGACUAGGUGUAGCUCUACUUUAAAUGGACAUAAAGACGCAAUGGUUUAUACAAAUACUGAGAGAUCGAUCUGUAUUGGAGUUUUGGCUCUUCAAGGGGCCUUUCUAGAGCACAUACAUAUACUUCAACGUAUUCCACAAGUUUCGCGAGUAGUUCCUGUGCGUACUGCUGAACAACUUGAUUCAGUUGAUGCCUUGAUAGUACCUGGUGGAGAAUCUACGGCUAUUUCCCUAGUGGCUGAACGUUCUGGGUUAAUUGAACCUUUACGUAAAUUUGUACGCUCAAAGCCUACGUGGGGAACCUGUGCUGGGAUGAUCUUAUUGGCUAACAAGGCCAAUAGGACUAAAAAAGGAGGUCAAAGUUUAAUAGGUGGAUUGGAUAUAACCGUUAAUAGGAAUGAGUUUGGAAGUCAGAUCGACUCUUUCGAAUCUGCUAUUCAAAUUAAUCAUAUCACAAGCUCAUCCAGUGAUCUUUUCCCAGCAGUAUUUAUUCGUGCACCCAUAAUUUCAUCCAUCAAUUCACCUGAUGUAGAAGUCUUGGCUCGACUGCAGUGUUCUACUGGAGAAACGGAUGUAUCUGCAAUUGUAGCCGUUAAGCAGGGUCAUCUAUUAGCAACAGCUUUUCAUCCUGAAUUGACUAAUGAUGAUCGGAUACAUGGAUUUUUUGUAAAAGUUGCAAUCGAUUUUUUGAAUGAAAAAAAAAGUUAA